AGCAGCACGUCUACUGCAUGAGACGCGUGUUGUGUGUGGCUGAGAAAAAUGAUGUGGCGAAAGGAGUCGCUGCUAUCCUAUCAAAAGGUCAAAUGGCUCGGCGUGAAGGACGAUCGGUUUAUAACAAAAUAUACAGCUUGACGGCUCAAAUCCUCGGGCAAGAUGCAACGCUAUCGGUUACCAGUGUAUCAGGACAUCUUAUGGAACAUUGCUUUGGACCCGACAUGAAGAACUGGGUGACGGUUCCGAUGCGCACGCUCUUUGACGCCCCUAUCUACAAAUUGGUGCCUGAGGGAAUGAAGAAUAUCGCCAGAACUUUGGUGGAGGAGGCAGCAAAAUGUGACGUUCUUGUGAUAUGGACUGAUUGUGACAGAGAAGGCGAAAGCAUUGGCGCGGAAAUAGCGAAAGUUUGCUCGGAAAGUAAUCCUCGAAUUGACGUGUAUCGUGCGAAAUUUUCGGAAAUCACUCCGCGAGCCAUCGAUCAUGCUGCUAGAAAUCUUGGUCGUCUUGAUCAGAAGACCAUCGAUGCUGUAGACUGCAGAUCCGAACUAGAUCUACGCAUAGGUGCGGCUUUCACCCGUCUACAGACUCUACAUUUGCAGCAGAAAUUUGCACAUAUACUUAAUGUAGAUGGAAAGCAGGUUGUCAGCUAUGGAUCAUGCCAGUUCCCUACACUUGGUUUCGUUGUCGAGAGAUACAAGGCCAUAGAAAGGUUCAUAUCCGAAACCUAUUGGAAGCUUGUGGUGAACCAUAGGAGAGGGGAUUACAAGGCAGAGUUUACUUGGGAUCGUGUUAGGCUGUUUGACCAAGACAUUGUGCAGAUCUUGUACGAUGAUUGCGUGGAAGCUGGGCAAGCGAAAGUAGAGACGGUUACCCGCAAGCCAAAGAGCAAAUAUAGACCGCAGGCUUUGGAUACGGUAGAGCUGGAGAAGUUGGCUGUUCGGAAAUUAAAGAUGAGUGCAAAACACGCUAUGGACAUUGCCGAACGACUGUACAAUAAAGGGUACAUCUCAUAUCCGAGAACUGAGACAAAUAAGUUUCCACCCGACAUCAAUCUGUCAUCUUUGCUCAACAAAUUGACAAGUUCUGCUCAAUGGGGGGAUUUUGCCAAUGAGGUCUUGGAGCAUGGUCCAAAUCCACGAAAUGGCACAAAAAGUGAUGAAGCGCAUCCACCUAUCCACCCUUUGAAACAUGUUGCGGACGGAUCCUUGCAAGGAGACGACUGGAGAGUGUACGAACUAAUCGUAAGACACUUCCUAGCCUGUCUGUCAUGGGAUGCUAAGGGUCAGGAGACACGCGUCGGGCUGAGAGUCGGAGGUGAAAUGUUCCACGCCACUGGACUGUGCAUUCAAGAUCUAGGGUAUCUCAGAGUUUAUCCUUAUGAGCGCUGGAGCGAUAAGACGCUGCCAGCUUAUAUCGAAGGUGAACAGUUGCACGAUUACCAGCUACGUAUCGCUGAUGGUCAAACGCAACCACCUGAGCUGUUGAACGAAGCUGAUCUGAUUGCGCUUAUGGACAAGUACGGUAUUGGAACGGACGCAACUCACGCCGAACACAUCGAAAAAAUCAAGACAAGGCAAUAUGUUGGUGUACGCGACGAUGGGCGUUUCAUUCCCGGCUAUCUGGGACUUGCUCUUGUUGAUGGAUACGAUGCUAUGGGUUACGCCAUGAGCAAACCUCAGCUCCGGGCGAAUCUGGAACUGCAACUGCAAGCGAUUUGUGCAGGACAGCGAACUAAGCAGGAGGUGCUGAACGAGCAACUGGAGAAGUACCGACGGAUCUUCAUCAAGACAGAGGAGAAAGUAAAUUUGCUGUCCGAGGCGUUGACGCGGUACCUUAAUUCAAAUUCUAAUGGAAUAUCUGCCACGGCAAAUGGUGCAAGACCAGCACAAGGCAGGCGUGGUGCUGCUCAGGGAUCUAGAAGGGGCAGAGGACAGGGAAGAGGCGAUCCUCAAGACAAUGAUUCCGGACCUUCAACAGCUGGGACUCGCUCUACUCGUGGUCGAACACGUGGUCGUCCCCGCGGAUCAUCCAGAGGUGAUUCUCGUCCAAGUCAUGCAGCGAAUACGGACUCAGCCCUUCCACAGAGCAACGCAGCACCUCGAAAGAGCACUAAGCGGUCCGGUUUCGUUCGUCUUCCGUGCAACUCGUCCGACUCGAACGACAAUUCCACCACUUCGGUGGCCGUGGUGCCUGUAUCGAUCGUCGAUCGUCGCCACCCCCACCUUGCACUGCCUGUGCUCGACGGUCGCCCGCUGAGGUUCGACUGUUCCGUUCUUGUAAUCUUCUACAGAGAUUUGAUCUACUCCAUCUCGAGCAUUAUGGCUGAGAAAUCCGAGCAAAAAGACCUGACGCCAUCGUCUGACGAUAAUAUACUGAUUCGUCACAAGCACAUCGCUGAAAGCAUCGAAAUGAUCCGAGUGAAAAAGGACCAGCUGUUGCAGACUUUACGAGGCUUGUCGAAAAGCGAAAAUCCCGAUAAGGCUCUCAUGGCCAAGCUUAUCGAAGCUUUCGACAUGAUGACCGCGCAAGAAAAUCAGUUUUUAGGAGUUCUCAAGAAUAUUGUGGAUAUUCACAAUCAAGCCACAAAUGAUGUGGCUGAGGAAAUGCAAAUUGAAAAAGCAGAAGCAAAAACCACUGAGAAGCCGCAGACUAAAGAGGCAAAGAAAGAGAAAAGUGAAGAAAAAGAAGAAGAUGACGAAAAUGAUGAGGAACUGAUCAGAGAGACACUGAAAGAGCUAGAAAUGGUCUCUUUGAAAGCGCUUGCAGCUGCUGAAUUGAAUGAAAAGCUAGUGGAGACGCUGCAGCGGCACAAGAAAAGCAGAACGUCCAUGUUGGAAUUACGUCGCAACAAGACUGAAGAGCUGAAGACCGCUGCCACUGCUGCUGUCGCUGAAGUGAAAAAAGCCAAACAAGAGGUAUUUGCUAACAAAGCCGAAAUCCAGAAGAAACAGAGAGAAGCCGAAGAGCUGCGCAAAGCAGCCCUGAAAGCUGGAAUACAGGUUGGUACGGGAGGAGAGAAGCAUAAAGCCGAAGUCAAUGCUGCUUUGACUGCAAUCACUAACGAUGUGGAGAGAAUUCCUCCGAUUCCAGUGGUAGAGGAUCCAAAAGACAUCAAAGAGCCCGAAGACCCGCUUGAAGCGCGUCGUCGACAAAUUCGAGAGAAUGUUCGCAAGGAAAGGGAACGACGUGAGCAUGUGAAUCAAGUAAUCAAAGAAAAACUUCUUGCAAUGGAAGCACGAAAAGAACGCAUGAAAGAGAUCCGUAGGCUGCUGGCCGAAAAUCAAGCGGCAGCCACAUCGAUUCUGACCGAAACGAAGAAGAAGAUCGAAGCAGCGAUGCCGGAGGGAGAAAUUGGCAAAGAACACGUAAAUGGUAAAGCAGAGGGAGGCGAUCCGAUGCCGAAUGAAGCCAGAGGCGGUUCGAAGCCGAAUGAAACCAGGGGCGAUUCAAAGCCGAAUGUUGGCAAGAAACCCGUGGUCACUGAGGGUGCUAUCGUCCAUGCCAUCCCGGCUCGUGCUGAAAUUCCCGUGCCAACGGAGAAAGCACCGCCAAUACCCGCAGAUGCUGAGGAUAAUGAAUACGAUGAGGAGGAAGAGCAAACAAGGAGGGAUAUCGAGGAGACAUUCCGAAAUGCCGAAGCAAAUCUGGCGAACCUUACACUGCUCAGACAACGAUUGGAAGAAAUGAAAGAACGUGGCGGAGAGCUGACACAGGAAGACGCUGAGCUAAUUGGUCAGCUUGAUCUGGACGAUGUAGCAAAUGGCCGAGUGUAUUACGAUGAAGACGAAGAGAAGCGAGAUACGCCCCCAAAGGGUGCGUGAAGUGGUGGUGGCCGCGGCUACGGCUCUGUUCCUGAACGUGCCUCGGACGUUGAUCGAAACGCAGCUCGGCCCGCUCAUCGCCGACGUGCUCGCCUCGUACGGGGGCGAGUCGACGGCGGCCGUGUUCGACGAGUUGUCCGCCGAAAUUGUCCGAGUUCUCGACAGUGAAUUAGAUUUCUUUCAUCUUAUCAAUACUCUCAAUUGCAUACCAGAUCCCUAAGCGCCCAAAUAUUCCCGAAUUCACUUAGUUGUUGUGCAUUACUCGUACUCGCUUUAUCGUUAUUUUCUUCCUUAUAUUUACAUUCCCACUAUUUAGGCCUUGAGUGCCUAUUCCAUAUAGGCCUUUCCAAAAUGCCUUAAUCAUCCCCUUGAGCCUUUUUUCCAAUUAUCUGUGUUAUAUUCUAGUUGUUGUACACAUAGAAUGUGAUAAAGUAAGUGCCCAAGCUCUGUUAUAUUAUUUUUGAAGUUGUUUUUGCUACUUCUAUGCAAUAUUUUGAAACAAAGCCAAUUAUCCUUUGCAAGACACCCAUAGUAGAUGCAAUAAACGAACUGAAAUAUUAUAUUUAGUACGAUCUUCUGAGUUUCUAUUAGACUGGAUUAGCCUUCUUUAUUAUUUUGUCAGAUCCGUGAACCCGGAAUAAAAUAUGACUAGUUUGAGCGGACAUUAUUCAGUAGUUUUGCGAGCUACCACAAAUCUUGUGUAAUUUGUAUCUGUUUAUGAUUCCUCCAAUUUGUCUGCGUAGUCUAGCUAUGGAAUUUUUUUC